AUGUCAAACCUCAACUGGGAUGACAAAGGAUACUUGAUUGACGGGAAAAGGAUAAGCAACCUCCGUUUUGCAGAUGAUAUCGUUCUGAUAUCCGAUAACACAGUCGAAAUGGAAGAGAUGGUAAACGAGCUCGACAUGAUUGGUCAGAAGAUUGGCUUGGAAAUGAAUAUGUCCAAAACGAAAAUGAUGGUGAACCACUGGUGUGAUGCGGGAACCGUGAAAUUGGCAGGAGUUGCUCUCGAAAGAGUGGAUUCCUACGUGUAUCUGGGAAGAGAGCUAAACAUGCUGAACAAACCCGCAAGACACCAAAACAACAAGCUGACAACAUCUCUGCUGAAAUAA